AUGUUGAACAAAGGCUCGUCGAUCGCAGGUCUUUCUCGCCUUCUCCUGAAUUCUCAUGUUGGGAAAGGUGCUACGACUACUGCUGCCUUUAUCCACUAUGAAUCUGUUGUAGCAUUUGGAAGUAACUAUUGGAGUCAUCGGAUGAUGAAUGGAAUAUUUAGCGUCCGAGAAGAGAAAUUCCAACAAUUGCACCCGUUUUCAAUGAACAUCAAGCAUUGCAAUAUUCCGAAAUCAACGUUGCCUCCUCCUCCUGCUAGCAAUAUUGUGGACAUAUCCUCUUUGGACGUCCAUACAUUAUUUGAAUAUAUUCAUCAUCAAAAUUAUUCAAAUCUUUUGGCUGAACACUCUGGUGCUGUAAUGAAUGUUUUUGCAAAUACACUAACAGAAGCAGAAAAGAACCAACAAAUAGUCACUUCGGAUUUAAUGAGUAAAUCAUUUCAUGUCAGCAAGGAGAUUUUGAAUCGAUUGAAAAACAUGAAUGACGAACAUUCGAAAUCAAUUGUUUCUCAAACUCAUAUAUUCCUAUUUAAAUUAUCAAUUUUAGGAAAAGCAGUAUCAAUAAUUGAAAAACAAUACAAACACAUCAAGCAAAUCAAAGGUGCUCUUCAAACAGCUUUAAAGGGACUAGAAAAUGAAAUUUAUGUUCGGCAAUUAUACGACAUUUGCUCAGAAAAUAGAACUCAAUUGUAUAAUUUGGGAGUAUCUAUAUACAGAGACGUGUUAGCUCAAAGACCAACUAGUUUGUUUACUAAAAGUCUAUUCGAAGCAAUAUUUCAAUUUAUGGAAAAAGAAACCAUGUACGAGGAUAUCAAGCCGGUACUAGAACGACUUUAUCACAGCGACGUUACUCCUACUCUGAAAAUGUAUAGCAGUAUUUGCUCUAAUCUCUAUUAUAACAGGACUUCUAAACUAAUCUAUCCAUUUCUAACUCUUGUCAAGGACACUUUUGGUGAAGGAUUGUUUACACCUGACGUUUGGAAUAAGUAUUCCAGAAAUAUGUAUGCAUAUGCCUUUUCUCUUGAUGUAGACACACUACCAACCAAUUUAGUGAAAAAUCUUUCCACACUUUUAGAAGACACUAAAAACGUUGACACACUAUUCUUCUAUGAGCAUCCAAUGGUUUUCAAAAGCAUUGUGAACGCUAUGAAGAUAUUGAACUAUGAUGAUUUGUUGCCAUUUCUUUUUUGUAAGAUUUUACAAUCUGGAAAUUUAAAUCAAACGUUUAUUAGAUUGCUCUUGGAAUAUUUAGAUCAAGAUUUACACAUUUUCUCUAACAAGAUCAAAUUUGGCAUUCCAGAGCUUGAUGCAAAAUAUUUUGACAUUUUUGAAAUGGCUACCAAUCUUGUUCACAUGAGCAAUUUAACAGAAGUUGUUGAAAUUCAAAAUUACUUGUUGAAAUAUUGCCUGAGGGAAGGACGGUUAGACAAGGUAGACGCGAUUUAUCAUCACAUUGAGAGGCUCAACGCUGAAACUUUAGUUCUCAUGUUUAACAUUUAUGAAAAGACUGGAAACUUUGUCGAUGCAAAUCUGUUAAUGAGAAGAGCCAGAACCGAAGAGUUCACCUUUACAAAGGAAGUUGUUGCAGCAUAUUUUAAAUCGAUGAUAGCAGCAAAAAGAGAUUGUCUAGAUGAAUUUAUUUCAUUUACUCAUCUCUAUACCUUUGUGAGAUUAGGUGAUCCUGUUUUUCAAUUUAUUUUCAACGAACUCAAUAAUAUUAAGAAAGGACUAGUGAAAGAAACAGAUAAUAAGGUUAAAUCUGUGUUGGAAGAUUAA